AUUCACCUGCGCGAGCGACGAUUCCGCAGUCGCACUCCGUAUACCGAGCCUAGCGCACUUUCAAAAACGCGUUCGAAUUUCAAACUUAAUUUUUUAAUUUUACAAGUGUGUGUUGCCAGUUUCGGUGAUUCGUCUUCUACUUUCCUUAUUUUGAAAACUACCUACAAAAUGUCUGCGGUUCGACGUUGGGCGAGCAUUAUUGCCAUCCUGGCCAGUGUAACAAUAGUCACCAGCACACAAGUCGAAGACCCGUGCAAGACCAAGUCCAGAGUAGUAGCCGAUGACAAGUACUGUGACAAAUAUUGGGAGUGUGACAACGGGCAGUCGGUCCAGUAUGACUGUCCCAAUGGGCUGGUGUUCGCUGGCAAGCAUCGUGGAGUGACCGAGGGCUGUGACUACCCAUGGAGGUCUAACUACUGCGAGUACCCUAAAGUUCAGAUCAACCCGCCGAUCCAGACAGAACACUGCGACUGGCUGUACGGCAUCUUCGGACACGAGACCUCCUGCACCAGGUACUGGACGUGCUGGAACGGCACCGCCACGGAGCAGCUCUGCAUCGGUGGUCUACUGUACAACGAGAACGCCCACUCCUGCGACUGGCCCGAGAAUGUCGACGGCUGCCAAAAGCAUCCUCUCUGCAACGAUGACCCCAACGGCAAUGUGCCUCUAGGCAAAUCCUGCAACAGAUACUGGCAGUGCCAGGGCGGAUACCCUCGCCUGCAGAGGUGUCCAGCUAUGCUGGUCUUCGACAGGCGGUCGCUGAGGUGCGUCGUACCACCCACAGAGGACUGUGAUGUGCCCACUACCACUGCCCCACCACCGGAAGAAGAGCCCCAGGAGCUUAGACAGCACCAAUCAAAGCGGCCACAGCACAAUGAGUACCAGGAUGUACAGAACCGCCCCAACCGGCCUAGGAACUGAACCGUCCCUCCGCCUUCUAGAGUCUUCUGGAAUCUUCUAGAUCAUGCAUCUUCAACCCUCCCUUAACAUGUGCAAUAUUACUCGAAAACACCUUCACUCAAUUUGAAUUUCUUGUAAAGUAAGCGGGAUAAACAUGCAGGUUAGCGUAAAUAAGAAGACCAUACAGAAGUUUGAGUAAACGGUACAGUCCAGUGAACAGAUUGCUCGAUAAGGCCUAGGUUUUGAAAUUACAACCUAGAGUACAUGUCACGAAAGAAGUCCCACGGAUUUCAAUGGAACUAAUUGACAAUUAUAUGCAGAUACUGCGCCGAAACGCAGUGCCCGCGAAACUUACUUCGUGCACUUCGUCGCGCAAACUCUACCAUCAAUAUUUUUAUUGAUGAUGCUCAUAUUUCAAAUGUGUUACCUACUCCAAAACAUCCCGACGACUGUACAAGAAAUGAGAUACUCGUACUUACUAAGCUUUGUAUUUAGAAUCGCGGCGAGAAGUGCGCUGUGCGAAAUUCAAGCAUUACACUUAUGUACCUAUAACAAUAUAUAAGAGAGUAGUCCGUCGAACAAUGGAAGUCUACAUCAUUACUGUAAAAGCAAAAAUAUUCUAGAUUGUUUUGUUUUAUUUUGCAAAUAUCCAGUUAGAGCUUACGUAUGUUGGUGACAUACACAGUGGAUAUGUUCCAACUGCAAAUGACCAAAGAUUUUAGGAUAUUUUUGCAAUGAUGUUGACCACCAGUGUUCGAAGAUCUACCGAAGAGUGUUCACACAGCCUCGUUGUCGUCGGCAAACAAGCGUCCCCAGAAACGAGGCAUCAUACCAACUCAAAUGAGGGAAAAAAUAUAUAGAUCAGGGCGCUGUACAGAUUUGCCUUCGUUUAACCUUCUAAUUUCAUGGAUAACAGACUUAUGCAUCUUAUAUCUUUGUUUUGGGGUAUAAAUGUUAUAACACCCAGGCACAAAACAUCUUCCACCCGUUAUUAUUCUGAUCAAAAUAAAGAGAUUAUUUUUGGGAGAAGCAAUAUAGGUAGCAAAAUAAAUACUUACACAGGGUGUUAGUGACAUCGUAACGAAAACUUUGAGGGAUGAUUCAGGCCAUGAUUCUGAGUUGAUAUCAAGUAGAAUUUUCCGUCGCAAAAGUAUGGAACGGAAAAUAAUUUAAAUAAGCUCUAAAAUUUUCAUGACUUCUCCGACAGGAAAUUCCACUUGAUAUCGACUCAGAAUCAUGGUCUGAAUCAUCCCCUUCAGUAUUCGUUACAGUGUCACUAACACCCAUACCUACUUGUAUGGCUACUGUAUGUACUUGUAUGGGGUGUAAGUGACAUCGUAACGAAUACUGAGAGGGAUGAUUCAGCUGAUUAUUCUGAGUUAAUAUCAAGUGGAAUUUUCCAUCGCAAAAGUAUAGAAUUGAAAAUAAUUUUAUAAAACUAAAAAAAUAACAUGAAUUUUGCGACGGAAAAUUCCACUUGAUAUUAACUCAGAAUCAUGGUCUGAAUCAUCCCUCUGAGUAUUCGUUACGAUGUCACUAACACCCUGUAUACGUAUCUGAUUCAAAUGUCAAGCAAUUAUUUUUAUAUAAUACCUCUGCCAUUACAUUAUAUUUUUCAAAAUGUCAAAUGACAAUGUCAAUGUCAAAACGAGCAAUAUCAAAAUUGGUAAUUAUCACGUUAAAUCUGUACAGCGCCAUUUUUUUUUUUUGAAGGUGAACGUAGUGUAAGAUGUCCCUCAUUAAAUUUCUUUACAACCUUUGCAUCACUAUACUUAAUAUCUACAUAAUUUUCCCUUCAUUGAAUAUACAAUUAUGUACUUUUCCUCCCACCAUCUUCUUUUUAAAUAUCUUUUUGUAGAAGUAUUUUUGCUUCAGUAAGUUUAGUCAUAAUAACUAAGAGUAGUUCUAGUUUUAAGUGUAAAUGUAAAAAUGCUGCCUGAUAUCCACAUUUGUUUCAUGCAAUACUCAACUUUCAAUAUCGACCAACAAAUUCUCAAUUCCAUUAACUUAGUCAAUAUUUAUAAUUUGUAAGUCUUAUACUGUCUAAUUUUAGUCAAUAAAAAGUAUUUUUUACGAA